AUGACUGUGUCAGGAUCUCAAAAGAGCCUAAGAGAGAGCCUGGUCCACGCCAGCACUCACCGCACGGAUGCCAAACACAACCACGAGACACUGUUUCCCGAAAGCCUCGUUGAUUUAGAGAGCUGUGGACUGGAGGCUGUUCAUUCUACAUUAAAAAUCGGGGACAUUUUCGAAGUAGACGAUCUGCGGCUCGAGUGGGUGUACGGCUACCGGGGCCACCAGUGCCGCAACAACCUCUACUACACGGCGGCCAAGGAGAUCGUCUACUUCGUGGCGGGCGUCGGCGUGGUGUACAGCCCGCGCGAGCACCGGCAGAAGUUCUACCGGGGCCACAGCGACGACAUCAUCAGUCUUGCACUGCAUCCUGAACGAGUAUUAGUAGCAACAGGACAAGUUGGGAAAGAGCCUUAUAUCUGUGUUUGGGAUUCAUAUACUGUGCAGACCAUAUCAGUUCUAAAGGAUGUUCAUACACAUGGUAUAGCUUGUUUAGCAUUCGACUUAGAUGGACAGCGCUUGGUUUCAGUUGGACUGGAUUCAAAGAAUACAGUUUGUGUUUGGGACUGGAAAAGGGGGAAAAUGUUGUCUAUGGCUCCUGGUCACACAGAUAGGAUAUUUGAUAUUUCUUGGGAUUUGUACCAGCCAAAUAAACUUGUCAGCUGUGGUGUAAAACAUAUCAAGUUCUGGAAUUUGUGUGGAAAUGCUCUGACCCCAAAACGUGGUAUCUUUGGUAAAACGGGUGACCUUCAGACAAUCUUGUGCCUAGCCUGUGCGAGGGAUGAAUUAACAUAUUCUGGUGCACUCAGUGGAGAUAUAUAUGUUUGGAAAGGAAUUAAUCUUAUACGAACAAUACAAGGAGCUCAUACUGCAGGAAUUUUUACCAUGAAUGCCUGUGAAGAAGGAUUUGCUACUGGUGGCAGAGAUGGCUGUAUUCGUCUGUGGGAUUUAACUUUUAAACCAAUUACUGUGAUUGAUCUCAGGGAAACUGAACAGGGAUACAAAGGUUUGUCUGUGAGAAGUGUUUGCUGGAGAGGUGACCACAUUUUAGUUGGAACACAGGACAGUGAAAUUUUUGAAAUUGUGGUACAUGAAAGAAACAAACCUUUCUUAAUUAUGCAAGGGCAUUGUGAAGGUGAACUUUGGGCACUUGCUAUUCAUCCCACUAAACCUUUGGCUGUGACCGGAAGUGAUGAUCGUUCAGUCAGGAUUUGGAGCCUAGUAGAUCAUGCAUUAAUAGCAAGGUGUAAUAUGGAAGAACCAAUUCGUUGUGCAGCUAUAAAUGUAGAUGGAAUCCAUCUUGCCCUUGGAAUGAAGGAUGGCUCAUUCACUGUACUUAGAGUAAGAUAUAUUUUUGUUAUAGGGGCCAAGUUUAGAAAAUAUAUUGGCCAUUCGGCUCAUGUAACAAAUGUCAGAUGGUCACAUGAUUAUCAAUGGGUUAUUUCUAUUGGUGGAGCAGAUCAUUCUGUCUUUCAGUGGAAAUUUAUUCCAGAAAGAAAACUAAAAGAUGCUCUUCAUAUAGCACCCCAGGAAACCUUGGCUGAGUCUAACAGUGAUGAAUCAGAUUCAGAUCUUUCUGAUGUUCCAGAACUGGAUUCUGAAAUUGAACAGGAAACACAGCUCACCUAUCACCGACAGGUUUACAAAGAAGAUCUACCUCAGCUUAAAGAACAAUACAAAGAGAAACAAAAUAGUGUUACUUCUAAAAGAAGAGAUCAAGCUCCAGGAAAUAGUAUUCGCUUACACUUCAUUCAUGGUUACAGAGGUUAUGACUGCCGGAGUAAUCUGUUUUACACUCAAAUUGGUGAGAUCGUAUACCACGUGGCAGCAGUGGGUGUUAUUUAUAAUCGACAACAGAACACACAGCGUUUUUACUUGGGUCAUGAUGAUGAUAUUCUCUGUUUGGCUAUACAUCCUCUGAAAGACUAUGUGGCAACAGGCCAAGUAGGUAAGGAUCCCUCAGUUCACAUAUGGGAUACAGAGACUAUCAAACCCUUGUCAAUAUUAAAGGGCUUCCACCAGUAUGGUGUCUGUGCUGUUGAUUUCUCAGCGGAUGGGAAACGUUUGGCUUCAGUUGGAAUAGAUGAUAGCCACACUAUUGUGCUGUGGGACUGGAAGAAAGGAGAGAAACUAUCAAUAGCAAGAGGAAGUAAAGAUAAAAUUUUUGUUGUAAAGAUGAACCCCCAUGUGCCUGAUAAACUAAUUACAGUUGGAAUUAAACACAUGAAAUUUUGGCGUAGAGCAGGGGGAGGAUUGAUUGGAAGAAAAGGCUACAUAGGCACCCUGGGGAAAAGUGAAACAAUGAUGUGUGCAGUGUAUGGAUGGACUGAAGAGAUGGCUUUUUCUGGAACAUCCACAGGAGAUGUGUGUAUCUGGAGAGAUGUCUUUCUGGUAAAAACAGUUAAAGCACAUGAUGGGCCAGUUUUCAGUAUGCAUGCAUUGGAAAAGGGUUUUGUAACUGGAGGAAAAGAUGGCAUAGUAGCUCUUUGGGAUGACUCCUUUGAAAGAUGUCUCAAGACCUAUGCUAUAAAAAGAGCUGCUUUGGCCCCAGGAUCUAAAGGUCUUCUCUUGGAAGAUAACCCAUCUAUACGUGCCAUAUCAUUAGGACAUGGUCAUAUUUUAGUUGGCACAAAGAAUGGUGAAAUACUGGAAAUGGAUAAAAGUGGCCCAAUAACACUUCUGGUACAGGGACACAUGGAAGGAGAGGUGUGGGGUUUGGCUACACACCCUUAUCUACCCAUCUGUGCUACUGUAAGUGAUGAUAAAACCUUAAGAAUAUGGGAUCUCUCUCCUAGUCAUUGUAUGUUAGCUGUCCGGAAACUGAAAAAGGGCGGGAGGUGCUGCUGUUUUUCUCCUGAUGGAAAAGCUUUAGCUGUAGGCCUCAAUGAUGGAAGUUUCUUGAUGGCAAAUGCCGAUACUCUAGAAGAUCUUGUGUCUUUCCACCAUAGAAAAGAUAUUAUUUCAGAUAUUCGAUUUUCACCUGGUUCUGGGAAAUACUUAGCUGUGGCAUCUCACGACACCUUUAUAGAUAUAUACAAUGUAAUGAAUAGCAAACGAGUAGGAAUAUGCAAAGGAGCUACCAGUUACAUAACCCAUAUUGAUUGGGAUAUUAGAGGAAAGCUUUUACAGGUCAACACUGGUGCUAAAGAACAGUUAUUCUUUGAAGCUCCCAGAGGGAAAAAACAAACCAUCCCCAGUGUGGAGGUAGAAAAAAUAAGUUGGUCAUCAUGGACAAGUGUGCUUGGUUUGUGUUGUGAAGGAAUUUGGCCAGUAACAGGAGAAGCCACAGAUGUAACUGCCUCUUGCCUUACCAAUGACAAAGUGGUCCUAGCUACAGGGGAUGAUUUGGGAUUUGUGAAGUUAUUUAGGUAUCCUGCCAAAGGAAAAUUUGGAAAGUUUAAGAAGUAUGUGGCCCACAGUACACAUGUCACAAAUGUUCGCUGGACUUAUGAUGACAGCAUGCUGGUCACUCUAGGAGGUGCAGAUAUGUCCUUAAUGGUGUGGACAAAUGAAGUGGAGAGUUAUCGAGAAAGAAGGCCCUGUGACAGUGAAGAAUCGGAUAUAGAUUCUGAAGAAGAUGGAGGCUAUGACAGUGAUGUUACAAAAGAGAAAGAAAUCAGUUACACCAUCAGAGCCUUAUCAACAAAUAUUCGCCCAAUGUUUGGAGUCAAGCCUCAUUUACAACAAAAAGAACCUUCAAUUGAUGAGAGACAGGGGGUAGUAAGAGGUUCCAGGCCCCCAGUGAGCAGAGCCCCACCACAGCCAGAAAAACUGCAGACGAACAACGUAGGCAAGAAAAAGAGACCCAUAGAGGAUCUUGUUUUGGAUCUUGUGUUUGGUUAUCGAGGCAGAGACUGCAGGAAUAAUGUACAUUAUUUAAAUGAUGGUGAUGAUAUAAUAUAUCACACUGCAUCUGUUGGAAUUCUACACAAUGUUGCUACAGGGACCCAGAGUUUCUAUCAGGAGCAUAAUGAUGACAUUCUGUGCCUCACUAUAAAUCAGCAUCCCAAGUUUAUCAACAUAGUGGCAACUGGCCAAGUAGGUGACUCAGCAGAUAUGUCAGCUACAGCCCCUUCUAUCCACGUCUGGGACGCAAUGAACAAGCAGACUUUAUCUAUAUUAAGAUGCUACCAUUCAAAGGGUGUGUGUUCAGUCAGCUUCAGUGCUACUGGCAAACUAUUGCUGUCUGUGGGCCUAGACCCAGAACAUACCAUUACCAUUUGGAGAUGGCAGGAAGGGGCCAAAAUUGCCAGCAAAGCUGGGCACAGCCAACGAAUUUUUGUCGCAGAAUUCCGACCAGAUUCUGAUACCCAGUUUGUCUCUGUGGGAAUAAAACAUGUGAAGUUCUGGACACUGGCGGGAAGGGCCCUUCUUAGCAAGAAAGGGCUGCUGAGCACCCUGCAGGAUGCCCGGAUGCAGACCAUGCUCGCCGUUGCAUUUGGUGCAAAUAACUUGACGUUUACAGGUACCAUCAGUGGUGAUGUCUGUGUGUGGAAAGAUCACAUGUUGUGUAGAGUCGUGGCCAAAGCUCACAAUGGGCCUGUGUUUGCCAUGUACACCACACUGCGGGAUGGACUCAUCGUCACCGGAGGCAAGGAAAGGCCGUCCAAAGAAGGCGGAGCGGUUAAACUGUGGGAUCAGGAACUAAGGCGAUGCCGGGCUUUCAGGCUGGAGACAGGACAGGCCACAGAUUGUGUCCGUUCUGUGUGCAGAGGCAAAGGCAAGAUACUAGUUGGGACAAGGAAUGCUGAAAUAAUUGAAGUUGGAGAGAAAAAUGCAGCAUGCAGUACUUUAGUUAAUGGGCAUGUGGAUGGACCAGUCUGGGGGCUAGCAACGCAUCCUUCAAGGGACUUCUUCCUUUCUGCUGCAGAAGAUGGGACAGUGAGACUCUGGGACAUUGCUGAUAAAAAGAUGUUAAACAAAGUGAACCUGGGACAUGCUGCUCGUACAGUGUGCUAUAGUCCUGAAGGGGACAUGGUGGCUAUUGGGAUGAAAAAUGGAGAAUUUAUUAUUUUACUGGUGACCUCUCUAAAGAUAUGGGGCAAAAAGAGAGACAGACGAUGUACCAUCCAUGAUAUCAGAUUUAGUCCAGAUUCCCAGUACCUGGCAGUGGGUUCCAGUGAUAACUCAGUGGAUUUCUAUGACCUCACACUGGGUCCCACCCUGAACAGAGUUGGCUACUGCAAAGACAUUCCAAGCUUUGUCAUUCAGAUGGACUUUUCUGCAGAUAGCAGAUUUCUCCAGGUUUCUAGUGGCUGCUAUAAACGACAUGUCUAUGAAGUGCCUUCAGGAAAACAUCUCCUGGAUCACGCUGCCAUUGACAGAAUCACUUGGGCUACAUGGACCAGUAUUCUAGGAGAUGAAGUUAUGGGAAUCUGGUCCAGACACGCUGAGAAAGCCGAUGUCAACUGUGCGUGUGUGUCUCAUUCCGGAAUCAGCCUUGUCACAGGGGACGACUUCGGCAUGGUUAAGUUAUUUGACUUCCCAUGUCCAGAAAAAUUUGCAAAGCACAAAAGGUUCCUGGGUCAUUCAUCCCAUGUGACAAACAUUCGAUUUACCAGUGGUGACCGCCAUGUUGUCAGUGCUGGAGGUGAUGACUGCAGUUUAUUUGUCUGGAAAUGUAUACAUAUGCCUCACUGAAAGAUACGGAUGUUGAGAAGACUAUACAAAUUAACCAUUUUGAGAGACCAGAAUUACAGAAGGAAAAAAAAA